AUUUCCUGAGAAAAAGCAAAGAAAUUGAACCCAGGAAAAAAAUAUACAACUUGUAACUCUGUGAGAAGAAAUAGUCUUGUUGCUUCAAUUAACUGCGAUGGCUUCGUCUUCUUCUUCUUCUCAAGUGAAGUAUGAUGUUUUCCUCAGUUUCAGAGGUGAGGACACUCGAGACAAUUUUACCAGCCACCUCAAAGACGCGUUGUGUGGGAGAAAGAUUGUUACUUUCAUCGAUGAUCAACUUGUAAGAGGAGAUGAGAUAUCACCAUCUCUUUUGAAUGCGAUUAGUGGAUCAAAGAUUUCAAUCAUCAUAUUCUCGAAAGGUUAUGCUUCUUCUACAUGGUGCCUCCAAGAACUUGUAGAGAUCCUCAAUUGCAGGAGAAUGUACGGUCAGAUUGUGAUUCCAGUGUUCUAUCAUGUAGAUCCAUCAGAUGUAAGGAAGCAAACAGGGACUUAUGGAGAUGCAUUUGACCAGUAUGAAGUAAAAUAUAUGGAGGAAAAAGAGAUGUUGCAGAGAUGGAGGAAUGCUUUGACGGAAGCAGCCAAUCUAUCUGGCGUUGUUUCAAAUUCCAUCAGGCCUGAAUCGGAACUUGUUGACACAAUUACUGAAUGUAUUUUGGAGGGUUUGGAUGAUAAGUCUUAUAGCCAUAAUAAGAACUUGGUUGGAGUAGCAGUGAAGAUCCGGAAAAUUAAAUCUUUAUUGUCUGAUCAGUCAAGUAAAGUAUGCAAGUUAGGACUUUGGGGUAUGGGUGGCAUAGGCAAGACGACUCUUGCUGAAGCAGUCUUCAAUGAAAUCUCAAGUCAAUUUGAAGCUUCGUAUUUUGCUCGAAAUGUUAGGGAAGCAUCAAAUAUAAAUCAACUGCGUCGUUUGCAAAAAGAAUUUCUUUAUGCAAUAUUAGGGGAUAGACACCUUGAUAUAAGAAACACAUCCACAAAAAAAAGGCUUGGACGUAAAAGAGUUCUUACUGUUUUUGAUGAUGUGGCAGAUUCGAAACAAAUAAAAGAAUUAAUUGAAGAUCUUGAAGACUUGGGUUUUGGAAGUCAAAUCAUUAUAACCACAAGGGAUAAACAAGUGCUAACAAUUUGUGGAUUGGAUGAUUCUACCAUAUAUAAGGUCGAAGGAUUAGGUAGUAAAGAAUCUCUUAGACUUUUUAAACAACAUGCCUUCAAACAAAACCAUCGAAUUGAUGCAGUUUGCUUGAUGCUUUCAGAAAAAGUUAUAAGUUAUACAGAAGGUUUGCCUUUAGCUCUUGAAGUUUUAGGUAGCCAUCUCCUUGGUAGAGGAAAACUUGAAUGGUAUAGUGCACUUGAAGAUUUACAAAAAUCUCCGGAUGAGGUUAUCCAAAAGGUGCUUAAGAUGAGUUAUGAUGAAUUAUCUGAUGAAGAGAAGACUUUAUUUUUAAAUAUUGCAUGCUUCUUUAAAGGAUGGGAUAAAUAUCAAGUUGGUAAAUUUACUUCACAUAAUCGAAUACGUGUUCUUGUUGAUAAAGCUCUUAUAUCUAUUCUAUUUACCACAAUAGAAAUGCAUGAUUUGAUUCAAGAGAUGGGUCGAGAAAUUGUCCGACAAGAGUCAAUCACUAAACUUGGCCAACAGGUAUAUCAUAUUAUUGGAACUGACAAAAUAAGAGGCAUGCUCUUUAAUAUGGCUGAAAUGAGAAAGAUCCACUUAAAUCCUCAUACUUUCUCAGAGAUGGCUAAUCUAAGACUCCUUAUAGUAAAAAACUUAUAUUGGAGAUGCAAUAAUGAAGUUCAUGGUUUUGACAGCAUUGAAUUUGAUUUCUCAGAGUUAGAAUGCCUCUGUUGGGAUGAUUACCCCUUCCCAUCGUUGCCUUUGAAAUUUGAUCCUGAUAACCUUGUUGUACUUAAGAUGCAAAACAAUAAUCUUAAACAACCAUGGACGGGCAUUAAGAAUCUUGCUCGUUUAAAAUACAUUGACCUAAGUUGCUCAAAACAUCUACUUGAAGUCUGUUGCGUACCUGUUCAGGCCAAGCUCUCUACUGCUCCAGCUUCAAUGUCUCUUGGCAGAAUAAAGGGAAUAAGAGGAACCUGUAAUAUUCAUGGCCUCAGCAGGCAGCAUUCAUUUUGUAUAUUGUAUACUCAAUCAAUAAAACAGACUCAAUCCAUUCAACCAGAUUUCAAGUCAAGUUUAGUGAAGAUUGUAGCACCAGAUUACUCAUCUAACAGCUCAUCUAUAGCAGGAAUGAGAAACUUAUCUGGAAUGCAUGAAGCAUUUCACGAACCUGUCUCUCAAUUUCAGUCUUCUGGUGAUGAGGAUACCGAUACGCUCAACCCUUGGACACUUCGCUCUGUCGGCGACCGAGCUGCCAUUUUCGAUGACAACCUAGAAGGUUGCUGGGGAGCGUGGAAGCUGCAAUUUGUUGACCAGUUGUUGAGAAAUGAAGCUGUGGGAAGGGCCGGAGUCCACCAGAAUGAUGACAGGGGAAAAGUGAAUCUUGCCCAAAAAUUUCAAUGUUUUAGGGGUACUGAUACCAGCAACAGAGUGACGGGAAAGCUCCAUUUCUUCACCGUGUCGGAGCUUGAGUUGGCUGGUGUCUUCCGAAAAUUCCAGUGGGUUCUGUUCAUCUUCAUCACAGAGCAUCAAACGGAGUUGUUUGAAAGGGCACUGAUGGUUCGGACCGAACUUGCCUGCACACUUGAAGCACAAGCCUUGCGCUAUGCGAGUCUGAAUUUCAGAUUGAGAGAGGCGUGGGGAAAAGGAAACGGGCUUGGGCUGGUGUAUUUGGGAGGGGCUGAAAGUGGUGUGGUGGAAGAAGCAAUUAGGCCGGUGUGGCUUGGGCUGCCCUUGUUGGAUCCGGGUCCCAUUCCAGCCCGUGCACGACCCGGUCUCUUUCUUCUAUAUCUGUCGCCUGCUGCAUCAAGACCGGCGGUGAAGGCUCCUCGCACCCACUCUGCUGGUGCCGAUGGAAGCAUUGCCACCAGCUGUUUGAAACGAGCUCUGUACUCGGCCACUGUUCCCGCCUCUAUCAAAGUCUCAGACCUUUCAAAAGCUUCAAAUCUAGAGCGGUUGAUUCUAAGUAAUUGCAAAAGCCUUGUCAAUCUUCCAAUUGGCAUUCAAUCAAGGUCUUUAAGAGAUGUUUUUCUCACUGGCUGCUCUAAUCUCAACACUGCUCCAAGGAUAUCACGUAAUAUGGAAAGAUUGUGUUUGAGUGGAACUGCAAUAAAAACCUUAUCGUCUUCCAUAGAAAGCCCUUCCAGACUAGUUGAACUGGAUCUUACGAACUGCUUAAACCCUGAAAGUCUUCCAAGCAGCCUUUGUAAUUUGACAUCUCUUCAACAACUUGAUCUCUCUGGUUUGUCAAAUCUAAAGAUGGUUCCAGAGUUUCCACCUGAGAUCCUAGAGUUGUAUUUAAAUGGAAUUGCAGUAAAAGAAUUGUCUUUAUCGAUUGGGAAAGUAUCAUCUCUGAUAAAAUUAAGUCAUAGAAAUUGUUCAAGCCUUGAAAGUCUUUCAAGCAGCCUUUGUAAUUUGACAUCUCUUCGAAAGCUUGAUCUCUCUGGUUUGUCAAAUCUAAAGAUGGUUCUAGAGUUCCCACCUGAGAUCCUAAAGUUGUAUUUAGAUGGAACUGCCGUAAAAGAAUUGUCUUCAUCGAUUGGGAAAGUAUCAUCUUUGAUAAGAUUAAGUCUUAGAAAUUGUUCAAGCCUUGAAAGUCUUCCAAGCAGCCUUUGUAAUUUGACAUCUCUUCGAAAGCUUGAUCUUUCUGGUUCGUCAAAUCUAAAGAUGGUUCCAGAGUUCCCACCAAAGAUCCUAGGGUUAUAUUUAAAUGGAACUGCAGUAAAAGAAUUGUCUUCAUCGAUUGGGAAAGUAUCAUCUCUGAUAAAAUUAAAUCUUAGAAAUUGUUCAAGCCUUGAAAGUUUUCCAAGCAGUCUUUAUGGUUCAAGAGUUCCCACCUGA